AUGCAUAUCCAUAUGUGGAACGUGAAAAGGACGCCGGAUAUGAUUCGACCUAUCAAAGGGGAAGCUCACGCUGCCUUUAAAGCGAUCCUAAAAGCAUCUCGUCGAGAAUCCCCUUCUCCCCCACCGCCGCCGCCGCCGUCGCUCCCCCUCAGCCGCCUCCUCUUCUCCGUCGCCUCCUCCUCCUCCUCCCUCCGCUUCCGCGCCCCAUACCUCCGCCUCUGGCAAACCCCAAUCUCCCAUCUCAACACCACCUUCCUCUUCCUCGACCGCCGCCCACCCUACCCCACCCCCUCCCUCCCCACCAUCGUCGUCCCACCCAACACCUCCUCCCUCCCCCCCGGCCACCGCAUCGCCCGCCUCGUCGGAGACGCCGUCGCCCUAGACAUCCCCGGUGUUUACUGGUACGUUUUUGGCGACGACGACACCUUAUUUUUCACCGACAAUUUGGUCAGAAUUCUUUCCAAGUACGAUCACGACAAGUGGUACUACAUCGGUAGUAGCUCCGAGAGUUACGAGCAGAACGAUAAAUUUUCCUUCGAUAUGGCGUUCGGCGGCGGCGGAUUCGCCAUUAGCGCGCCGCUGGCACGAGCUUUAUCCCGGGUUCUCGACUCUUGCCUCGGUCGGUACCGCCAUUUGUACGGAAGUGAUGCUCGGGUUUUCGCUUGCUUGGCUGAGCUCGGCGUUGGAUUGACAGUCGAACCAGGCUUCCAUCAGGUCGAUAUACGAGGAAAUUUAUUCGGGUUUCUUUCGUCACAUCCAUUAUCACUCAUCGCCUCACUGCACCACAUCGACGCAAUCGAACCACUAUUUCCUAACAUGAGCAGAAUUCACUCUUUGGAGCAUCUUUUCAAAGCCGUGCGAUUCGAUCCAGCUAGGAUUUUCCAGCAGACCGUUUGCUACGACAAAACCAAUUCGCUGACUGUUUCGAUUUCGUGGGGAUAUUCCGUUCAGGUGUACGAAGGGAAUCAGAAUCUUCCAGAACUUCUCUCUUCUCAGAGAACAUUUAGACCGUGGAAUAGAGGGAAAAACGUGGCUUCGAGCCGAUUUAUGUUUAAUACGAGAAAGUUCGAUAGUGACCCGUGCAAUAGAAAUCGAUCCGUUGUCUACUUUAUGGAUAAUGUAGUUGACGAUGCAAAUGGAGUGUGGACGAAUUACACGAGGAAUAAUACGGGAAAUUGUUAUAGAGGAAAAGCUGUCGAGAAAUUGAAAGAAAUUAGUGUUUUUUCUCUUUAUCAGAAUUUCGACGUCGAACAGAUAAAAACGACACGCCGACAAUGCUGUGAUAUUUCGUGGUCUUCUUAUUACAAGAUGAUUAUCAAAAUAAGAAAAUGCGGGAAUUACGAGCUAAUUGCUGCUCGGGGAUAAUUUAAUCGUGCAUUACUAUUAUUUCGUGGAAACUCGAUAUUUGUGGAGCUUCCUUCGUACAGAGACUUGUGUAUUCGCAGCUGUGCAUAAUGUUUUUCUUACCGAGAAAAGCAAUUCUAGGAUAGUCAACCAAACUGUUCGAGUCGCAGAAAUUGGACGAGAAUCCCGUGUUGCAAAUUUUUCACCAAGUGGGGUGUGUUUAUAUUCUAGAAGACAACACGAACAAAUCAUUGGAGUUUUUAAUUAUUUUGCUCUCCGAUUCGGUUGUGACAGGAAACUCCGUUUUAUUGAUAUCCGAGAAGGAAAAAAAAACGAGAAUAUCCGAUUGUGCACAAUGUGGAAAGAAUAUGAUCUUACUAAUUUUUUGGGGUAAUUAGCACUUUGCACCCUUGAAUUA